CAGGAAGAGACUGACUUAUUUCUGUCAUACAGACUCACUUCUCUCUCAACAAAAGCUAUAAGGAUCAAUAGAAAAGGAGGAGAAACUCUUUAAAGAAGGAUUUCUGAGAACUGUGUUUGUAAACAGACAGCAGAUCUUUCUGAUUCUUAUGAUUCAUCAUUUUUUAAACUGUCUUUCAGAAAGUGAAAGUAAAGUUUAGAUCGCAGGAGCUCAAACAGGAAAAAUGGCUUCACUAUCUGAAGAAGAUUUUUCUUGUCCUGUGUGUCAUGAAAUCUUCAAGGCUCCUGUUAUUUUAUCAUGUAGUCACAGUUUCUGUAAAGAGUGUCUCCAACAGUUCUGGAGAAUCAAGGGAACUCAGGAGUGUCCUGUCUGCAGGAGAACAUCCUCAAAUAAUCAUCCUCCUAUUAAUCUUGCAUUACAAAACUUGUGUGAGUCAUUUCUAAAGGAAAGAAAAGAAAGGCAUUCAUCAAGAUCUGGGGAAGUCUGUAAUUUACAUGGUAACAAACUGGAGCUCUUCUGUCUGGAGGACAAACAGCCGGUGUGUUUAGUGUGCAGAGAUUCGGAGAAACACGACAAUCACAAAUUCAGACCCAUCGCUGAAGUUGUGUCAUCAUACAAGGAGGAGCUCAAUACAGCAAUGAAGUCUUUACAAGACAAACUAAAACACAAUGAAAAUAUAAAAGAAGAGUUUGAGAAAACAGUUCAACACAUCAAGUCUCAAGCUGAUCACACAGAGCGUCAGAUUAAACAGCAGUUUGAGAAGCUUCAUCAGUUUCUCAGAGAUGAAGAAGCUGCUACAGUCACUGCACUGAGAGAGGAAGAGGAGCAGAAGAAGAAGAUGAUGGAGGAGAAGCUGGAGGAGAUCAACACACACAUCUCAGCUCUUUCACACACAAUCAAAGACACAGAGGAGAUGAUGAAAGACAGUGACCUCUGCUUUCUGAAGAAGUUUCCAGUCUCGAUGGAAAGAGUCCAGAUCUCAUCACAGCCGGAUCCACAGACUCCUUCUGGAGCUCUGAUUCAUGUGCCACGAUACUUGGGAAACCUGCCCUUCAGAGUCUGGAAGAAGAUGCAGGACAUCGUCCAGAACACUCCUGUGAUCCUGGAUCCAAACACGGCUCAUCCACGUCUCCUCCUGUCUGAUGAUCUGACCAGUCUAAGAAAAAGUGUGAACAAUCAACCAGUUCCUGAUAAUCCAGAGAGAUUUGAUAAGUGUCUUUGUGUCCUGGGUUCAGAGGGGUUUAACUCAGGGACACACUGCUGGGACGUGGAGGUUAAAGAGAGUCUGUGCUGGAGUAUUGGAGUCACUACAGCAUCAAACCAGAGGAAGGGAUGGGGUUUCUUUAAUAGUGAUGUCUGGUGUGUGCAGUAUCAUGAAUCUCCAUAUCUCUCACCAUUUACAACAUUUGGUUUUCCUGUUAAACAGACGCUGGACAGUGUGAGAGUGUAUCUGGACUAUGACAGGGGAACAUUGUCAUUCUCUGAUCCUGUAACUAACACACAUCUACACACAUUCACAACCACCUUCACUGACACCGUCUUCCCAUUCUUAUAUUGUUAUAGUUUAUUGCCUCUAAAGAUCUUACCAGUCAGCAGUCAGUAAUCAUUACACCUGUAGAUCUGAAUAUCAGUACAUACAGACUGAUCUCCGCUCUACAGACACACUCACACUGACACACUGCUGUUAUACAUCAAUAAAUAAUACAAUUAAUUUAGUGAGAUCAAUCAAACUGUAGAUGAUUGAGUUUAUUAGAUCUGUCUGCUGAGGUGAAGUUAAUAUCAAGUCACUUCAUUUCAGUCACAGUAUAUCCAGCUUCAAUCUUCAGCGUUCAGACACAGAAAACAUGGAAACAUCAGGGAAUAUUAAAACUAUGAUCUUCAGGCCUGGAUUUCUGUUAUGAUAAUAUAUUUUUAUUCAUUAGUUUAUUCUCUAGAUUUAUUAAUCAAGCGUCAUGCUGCACUGAAUUAAAACACACGGUGAAGGUUAAAAUCAAUCAUGUUAUUUCUCAAAUCUGACCGAUGAGAAACCGUGAUGUGUUGUGAAUCCACCCAGAUUUUAGGAGUCAUGACUCAAGAAAAAAAGCUUAAAAGAAAAGGAAAAAAAUGUUAGUUUUUGUUUGUUUGUUUGUUUGUUUUCAUUGUGAAAGUGUGUUGGUUUUCAGACUUUCUGUUGUUGGUUCAAAUGUUCAGAGGAAAAACAUUGUGCUAAACUAAAAACAGUGUUUAAAUGUGUAUCACUAAAGAUCAAAUCCAGUAUAAAUGACUUUCUAGUGUAUUUUCAUCAAGGUUAGCUCAGUUCAGCUCAGUUUUGGUUGAGAAAGUUCCUGUUUACUUAUUUAAAUGUGAAUAUGAAUAUAGAGCAGUGUUACUUUAGUAUAGUAAGUGUUAUAGUUUUUUUUUAUUAACAUUUUAAAUAACUAAAAUCUCUCUCUCUCUCUC